AUGAGUAUGUCUCUGGUAAAUACACCACAGGGUCUGUUAAUCUUCAAGGAUGUGGCCUUGGACUUCUCACUGGAGGAAUGGGAAUGUCUCAAUUUUGCUCAGAGAACAUUGUACAUGGAUGUGAUGUUGGAGAAUUACAACAAUCUGUUGUUUGUGGAAAAGCAUUGCAUAUGUGGAAAGUAUGGGAAGGUCUUGGACGAAGACAUCCAGUACAUUGUCCAUAAACACAUGAAUAUUCAAGAGAAGUCUUCUAAAUGUAACAAGCUUAGCAAUGUGAAUCUUGAAUCCCCCUAUCACACACCUCAGAAAUAUAGUGAAAGUGAAAAAUGCUUUACCCACAAAUCCCAUCUUAAUAUUCAUCAGAGAAUUCAUACAGGAGAGAAACCUUACCUAUGUAGUGAAUGUGACAAAUGCUUUACUGAAAAAAGCAGUCUGAGAAUUCAUCAGAGAAUUCAUUCAGGAGAGAAACCUUACAAAUGUUGUGAAUGUGACAAAUGCUUUAACCAAAAAUCCCAUCUUAAUAGUCAUCAGAGAAUUCAUACAGGAGAGAAACCUUACAAAUGUAGUGGAUGUGACAAAUGCUUUACUGAAAAAAGCAGUCUGAGAAUUCAUCAGAGAAUUCAUACAGGAGAGAAACCUUACAAAUAUAGUGAAUGUGACAAAUGCUUUACCCACAAAGUUAAUUUGAGAACUCAUCAGAGAAUUCAUACAGGAGAGAAAACUUACAAAUGUAGUGAAUGUGGCAAAUGCUUUACAUGA